AUGGUUUGGUACCAGCAGAAGCCAGCGAGCCCUCCCCGGUACCUGCUGUCCUACAAAUCGGACUCAGACAAGUACCAGGGCUCGGGCGUCCCCAGCCGCUUCUCCGGAUCCAAAGACGCCUCAGCUAACUCGGCUGUUCUGCACAUCGCUGGGCUGCAGCCCGAGGACGAGGCUGACUAUCACUGUGACACAUGGGACGGCAACGCCAAGACUCCCACAGUGGUCCAGACCCACAGGGAAGGAGACAAAACCCUCCUCUGCUCCCUGGGCCGGGCCUUGUCCCCCUACUAUGAAGAGGGGAAGGGAGAGGUGUGGGGAGCUCUGCUUCAGCUGUGGGGCCUCAGGAGGCAGGACUCAGGGAUGACCUCCACCAUGGCCUGGGCCCCUCUCCUCCUCACCCUCCUGGCUCACUGCACAGGAUCCUGGGCCCAGUCUGUGGUGACUCAGCCAUCCUCAGUGUCGGGGUCCCCGGGCCAGAAGGUCACCAUCUCCUGCACUGGAAGCAGCACCAACAUUGGGAAUAACCAUGCGUCCUGGCAACAACAGCUGCCAGGAAAGGCCCCCAAAUGCAUCAUCCAUAGUAGUAACACAAGACCCUCAGGGGUCCCAGACCGAUUCUCUGGUUCCAAGUCUGGCAGCUCAGGCACCCUGACCAUCACGGGGCUGCAGGCUGAGGACGAGGGCGACUAUUACUGCUCAGCAUGGGACGACAGUCUCAAAGCUUGCACAGUGCUCCGGGCCUGUGGGGAAGUGAGACAAAAACCCCUCUUAUCUGCUAGGUGCCGCUUCUCUGGAUCCAAAGACGCCUCGGCCAAAGCGGGGCUCCUGCUCAUCUCGGGGCUGCAGCCUGAAGACGAGGCUGACUAUUACUGUGAAACAUGGGACAACAGCUAUAAGACUCUCACAGUGGUCCAGACCCACAGGGAA